CCACGGCUUGAUAUGGCACACCCAACCUGAUUGCUGAAAGCAGACUUUACAUCCUCAUCGCUCCCCUCUGACAUCGCCGUGUCACCUAGGGCGUAUUUACGUUCUCGUACGACAUCAGAAUGGCGACAGUCACAGAGGCGGCGCCGGCCGACACCAUCAAAACGGAAACCACGAGCUCCGAAAUCGACGUCACACAGAAGCGAAAGGCGUCACCAGACUCGUUUGAAGGCGAGGAUCCGUCCAAACGGCCGAAGAUCGAGGAACGCGACCCGCCUACGCAAGACUCGGCGCUCUCGACGGACUCAAGACCGCGAGACCAGGGUGCAGACACCAAUGCGCCCCGGCGCGCACCGUUAUCGAAAGACGAAGAGAAGAAGCGGGGUAAACGGUUGUUCGGCGGUCUUCUCAGCACGCUGAGCCAGACCAACGCCAGCUCCCAGCACAAGAAGCGCAGGGAAAUAGAGCAGCGGCAGCACGAGCGGGCGCAGAAGCAGAGGGCCGAAGACGACAAGCGAAGAACAGAGAAGCUCGCGCGGAUCACCGAGGCGAGAUGGCGGGAGCAGAUCAAGUUGGACGAGAAGGCUAUGAAAACCCGACACGUGAACAUGCUCGCGAUGGCACAUUCUCUCAGGUCGAAGGCCAAACCACCGGUUUACUACCGACCGUGGAAGCUCACGAGCGAGCAAGAGGACCGGAUCGAUGGCCAGAUCGAAGACGCCAAGGUUGUCAUAGCAAGAGAAGUCGAAGCUUUCAGGGGCCGAAAGGAAGAACAUCGACGGCGUUACGGACAGACCUCGCCUGCGAGAGACGAGGUGUCUGCAGACAAGGUGUCUGCACCCGUGGUCAUCGAUGACGCGGCGAAGGCCAACACAGAGCCCCUGGUGGAAGCUCCCACGCACGUCCCUACUGUCGCGAACGAGGUCCCAUCUUCACACCACCAGCACGACGAACCCGGCGACGUUGUCGAGGACGCCGAGGACAUGGUCAUCUACUGAUGUUGACGAGCUGAGCGGCCUGGGAGUGUAAUGUGGGGGCACCCUUCAGCACAGAUUACACAUGUUGAUCAUCGCCGACAAUUGACGACACGCGGGUGGAUGUUCUUUAUUUUUAGCAGGAGACGAUGAAUGAAAAGUCGGGGGACAUGAUACCAAACGGAGUUCAGAGCGGCAUUUACUUAGGCAAGAUAUCCACGACGAAGCAGAUAUUCGAAUCCAAGACGGAAUUCAGACCAUUUCCUGCCGACG